AUGGCUCAUAUUUCAGCAUUCAACUGUCAAACUGUACGAAAUGAGAAAACAGUUGCACUCAAUCAAGAUGUCGGAUAUUUACUCAUCGAUUAUCUCAAAGGUUUGGAUGUCAUUAAUUUUAUGGAAGCAGCAAAUGGUUCUGAACAAUUCAAAACCAUUGAAAUAUCUGAAUAUAGAUAUUAUGAAAUUUUUAUGAAAUUAGCCAAGGAAGACAAGGUCACAGUCAAUGUUCCAUAUCUUGACUUUUACUUAGAAACGUGUUCUUUUGAUGAAAUGGGAUAUUUGUAUCCUGAUCAACAUCAUCACGAAAACGCUCCUGUAUUGCGUCUAUUCAUUCAUCCUACAUUUACGGUGGAAGCUUUUGAAAAGUUUUGUUGUACGUACAAAAAUCCAUCAUUUCAAUGUUACAGCCGUUUAUUACCGUUUAAUACACACUCAUAUGUUGGUAGUUUGAUUCUUGUUGAUUAUUUCAAUUACAAAUGUUCAAUUGGUUCUUCACGUGAAUUAAAUAUUCAUGAACAAAGUCUUUUUAAAGAAUGUCAAUUCUUUCGACCAUUUGAACAUAAUAUGCUAAACAAGAAAUUAUUAUUUGUGGAAUCUAUUUCAGAAUUUAUGACGAACUUCGAAAUUCGUUUUAAGGCAUCUUCAUGGAUAAAAGCUAUUGAUUUUAACAAAUUUCAUAUUUCCGGUGGUUGUAUUGUCAAUAGUCUUUGCAAACAUUCGUUUCCAGAUACUACUAUUGAAAAAGUAGAUAUAAAUUUCAACGGCAACUCAUUCCAUGAAUUCGAAGAUGCAGUUGAUAAUGUCUAUACCGAUUUGACGAAGAUUAUGUCAAAGAACAAUCACUAUUUAAGUACAACAUUAGUAAAAAAAAGCAAUGGUGGUUACAUUAUUGUACUACCUUUUAAUAUUCAAUUACAGUUUAAUUUUAAAAAUGUUCCCAACAACACCAAUCCUGUAAGCUAUGUACUUCAUUCCAGUGAUAUUGAUGUCAGUCAAGUUGCAUUCACAGGUUCACGUGUAUUUUGUACAUUUGCUUUUUUACAAGCUAUUGCGACAAAAUCAUUUAUAUGUUAUACAAUGCAUGCAAAUAUGGUGAAAAGCAUAUACGAUAGAAUUAUUCGAUAUUAUCGAAGAGGAUUUAUUUUUCUUGAACCUCAAGAUUUCGAUGAUACUCUAUAUAAUGGCAUAAUGAGUAGCAUUGAUUUCGAAGAGAAGAGAGAAGAAACGAGAGAAAUAAUAGAUGAUGAUGGUGAAAUUCAAAUUAUUACAGCAACUUAUCAACCACGUCAAUGGCCACUUCCAAACGUCGACACCCAUCGACUUCAAGAAGCUUUCAUCAAACGAAUUGAUUCUAAACAAUUCGAAUAG